AUGAAGUCUGCACUUAAUUUUCCUAUAGGAUAUUUACCAAAUGCCGAGAAAAAUAAAAUAUUCGAAAUUUUUAAGGUAGUACUUGAGCGAAUGCUUUUAGAACUACCUGAAGAUCAUGUAAUGUUUAUGAAAAAUUAUUUUAGAAACGCUCAACAAAUGCUAAACUCUCUCAGAGUGAUAAUUUAUGGCUCUCCUAGUUUUGAAAGCAAAAAACUGGCAGAAGCUUUAUCAGCGGAUUCAGAAAUGCUUGUAAUAAGUAGAAGACAAUUUUUAAAUUUGAACAGUAAUGCAGAACACCAACUUAAUCUAACAACUAUAAUUGGCAAGUUAAAAAAAAUCAUUGAGCAGGAAGAAAUAGCUGUCGGUGGUUGGCUUUUUUAUGAUAUGCCGACGUCUAGACACGAAAUUUUGCAAUUUAUAAAUGCAGGAAUUGAUCCAACGCACGUGUUUUAUAUUGAUACUUGUAUCAAUUCUCCAACUGCUUGGCAUUCGUAUGAUCAAUUUUCUCAAUACAGGCGAAAAUUUCUACAACACGUAUUGACAGCAAAACAGCUUUAUGGAAACUAUUUAAAGGUAAUUAAUGCGGGAAACAGAAACAUGAUGGAAAUUGCGUCGGAGUGCUCAAAACUUUUGCAGUAUAAGUAUGGUUUUCAUGUUCCAAGAUAUCCAAGAAUUUUAUUAAUUGCCCAACGAGGAUGCGGCAGAAAAUGCUUGGCAUUAAUGCUCAGCCAAAAAUACAAUCUAGAAUUCAUUGAUUUUGAAUUGCUAUAUAGACAAGAAAAUCUAAACUUAAAUGUAGAUCAUCGACGUGAUACGUCGCACGAUAGUGAAUUGAGGUGUGCACCGGAGAUUAUUAUUACUAUCCUGGAUAAAAAGCUAAGAGAUGUUGAAUCUCAGGGUCAUGGGUGGAUCGUGGUUGGGCUGCCCAUUGAUUGCACCAUUCUACAUGCAAUUUGCUCAAUAACUACACCUCCUAACAAAAUAAUAUUUUUGGAAAAACCUGGUAAAUUGUGCCUUGAUAAUACAACGCAGCGAUAUCAAAAGCCAUUUAUCAGUCAGCAAAUUAGUUUGUCAAAUUCCUUCAAAAGUGAUCUGAAUGAGAAACCAACACAUAGUGUUUUACAUCCUAAAAAUUUAUCGGAAUUGGCAAAAAAACAUAUUAAUCAGCUAGAGAAGAAUUGGCAUGCGAUGAAGAAAAUAUGCGAACACAAUGCUUUAACGUUUUAUUUAAAUGGCGAUAUAUAUACUGAUUCAACAUAUCGUGGUGAUAUAUUUGCAAUGAUCGAACAUGCUAUUAUAAACUGGGUGCCAUCUACUACCGUAAAACAAUCCUCAGGACAAUGUGAUGAAGAAGUUGGAAUAUCUUUUUCAGAAUUUGAACACAAACAUUAUGAAGGCGAUAAAGUAAUAACAAUUAAGGAACGAAGAGAUUGCAAACUUAACACAAAAAAUAUAAAUACAACUGAAGAUAUGAUGAGCAUGUUGAGUUCACCAUUGGGAUCGAUGGAUUUUGCAGAAAAACCUCUAAUAACAAAUAAGGAUACGGUAAUCAACCUAAUGGAUUUAGCGAAUAUGGAAAUAGUUGGAUCGGCGCAUAAACAAACAAUCAGAAAAUCGAUACCACCAAUUGACACAUCCAAAAUUGAAGUACUCUUAUCGGUUUCCACUCCAGGAUCAUCUGAACGUACAAGAAAAAAUUCAACAAUUCCGGCUUAA